CAACAUUCAAUAAACGAUGUUUCGUGCCGCUCGCGUUGUCUUGUGAUUUUUCUCCUUGUUUAUAAUUUUCACGAAAAUAACGGAAAAUGAAACAUAACUGUAAAGUUUUAUGUUAGACAAUAAGUAAAUAUAAGUACGUAAUUUAUUUUGCCGCGACCUCUUAAGCUGUAAUUUUUCCUAAGCUGUUUAUCAUGUGUGGCGAAUGUGUCAAGAUUAGAAAGAAACAUACUUUUGCAUCGUAAUACGGAUAAAUAGCGGACCCGCUACAGCAUGGAGCACUCGGACCUGGUGUCUGAGAUGGCUCAGGUGGAGCACCUCACCACGCAGGAGAGGCUCCAUCUAGCGAGGAGGCGUCGCAUGCAGCAGCUCAAACUAUGGCAGCAGCGUGAGAAGGAAUGGGCGCGGUCGCGGGCCAAGCGAGAGAAGAGCACCAAACGGAACAUCUACUUCAGCGACAGCGUCAUGCUUCUAGAGGCCGCUGCUAGAAACGACAUCGACGAAGUUCGCCGCCUGCUCUCCCGCGGGGUGACCCCAGACGCGACCAACGAGGACGGCCUCACCGCCCUCCAUCAAUGCUGCAUCGACAACAACGAGGCCAUGAUGCGCCUCCUCCUUGACAACGGGGCCAACGUCAACGCGGAGGACAGCGAGAAGUGGACACCGCUACACGCGGCCGCCACCUGUGGGAACCUCAACUUAGUCAGAAUCCUAAUUCAACGAGGAGCGAACUUAUUAGCCGUUAACGGGGACGGGAACAUGCCUUAUGAUAUAUGCGAGGAGGAGAGAACGCUGGAUGCGAUAGAGAGCGCGAUGGCGGAGAGAGGGGUGACGCAGAGGUUGAUAGAUGAAACUAGAGCGGCAACGGAGAUGAAGAUGUUGAUGGAUGUUGCUGAGCUCGCUAAGGAGGGAGUGGACUUGGACGAGCCCAGGGACAAUCAGGGGGCUACGCUGCUCCACAUAGCAUCAGCAAAUGGGUACCUGAAAGUGGUGGAGUUUCUACUGGAGCACCGCGCGGCCACCGACGUGGUGGACCACGACACGUGGCGGCCGGUACAUGCCGCCGCCUGCUGGGGACAUUUGGAGGUGCUGGAAAUGUUAGUGCAAUAUGGAGCUGAUCUCAAUGUCAGAAAUAAACACGACGAGACGCCUGCAGACAUCUGCGAGGAGGGCGAGAUGCGGCUGCGCAUCGUGCGGCUGGCCGCCGAGCAGGAGGAGCACCGGCGCCGCGCGCUGCCGCCCGAGCGCCGCGCCGGCGCGCGCCGCUCCUCCUCCACCGCCAGCAGCAGCCGUGUCCGGUCAGUCCGACGCACAUCGCUACGCGAAAAGCAAAUGGCGGCCAAGGCGGACGCGCGAGGCGAAGCGCGCCUGAGGGAGACCUUCGAUUCCGUCGUCGACGACGAUAUGCAGGGCUUAUCGAACGGCGUGGAAAAUGAACAGAACACUGCUAAUAUACCUCCCGGCGAUCUCACACACAAGCGCCUCUCCACCGGAUCCACCAUGUCCAACCAGAGCGUCGACUCCGGGAACGUUGACUACGCCCCCAAACACCAGUACCUGCCCCACAGAGAGGAGGACAAAACCUUCACGCAACCCAAAAUAACCAACCCCCUAUUCGGCGUCAACGCCGCCUCACACUACGCCCCACAACCGGUCUUAGAAGAAGAGCCCAAGCACUACGAAAGACAACUACCCAACGGCAUCAGAAAAGCCCCCGAAGGCCAAGACAACGAUACCCUCAAAAACGAGGACGCGAUUGACGGUAGGAAAGACCUAGUAGUGAGCCCGAACCAAAUCGCCCUCACAGAGGGCGCUGCCACCUACACCACAGACAAUAAUGGUAAAAUCAAUGUUCAUGUCACCGUCAUGAUUAACGCAGGCACCCUCGCCGACUUGAAGAAGCAGCGAUCACAGAUAAGAACAAACGGUAGCCCGGUGGAGAACAGCCUAACAUCAACGAACAACCAUAGUAUAACUUCAUUACCGGAGGGCGUAGGCCAGGAGGCCAUGCCAGUCCAGCUAAACCCACUCACAUUGUCCCCAAGUGCGGGCACCGUACCGCGCUUCUCAGGACACACGAGCGAUGUAGUCGGGGACACUCGGUCGCGCAGGUGCUGUAUCAUUAUGUAGACUUUAUGUGCAAGUGCGGUGUAAAAGUCUGAUUGAUCAUUCCAGUAAUUUGGGAAUUUAUUUUAAUCGUCGAUCAAAUUGGGGUGAUUCGAGCACUCUUACUGAGGUGUUGAUAGGGUAUUUUUGCAAAAUGUCACUUACAAACUGGAACCAUGAGGGUUUUUUCCAACUAUAAAUGGGUUGAUCGACUGUAAUUAUGCUCUCCCGUAAGCCAGGAGACAAAUGAGACACACUCCUAAGUCAAAGUAGGCUUUUGUAAAUUUUGUAACCAGUAAAAUUGAUUGACCUAAGUAAAAAGUGACUUUUUGUAAAAAUGGCCAGUAACAUUUGGGUUGUGUAUAUUUUGAAUUAAUUAUGUAAGCGAAGAGUCCUAGGCCGCCUAUCAAUCCCAUUUGAGAUCUGGGCUCGAUUUUAUAAACCUACAAAUUACAAAUUAUUAACUGACAACACCGGUCAAAAGACCGCACAUUGGUCGAGCAAGUGUCAAUCGCGUCAAUGUUGCCAGACUUAUAACAGAUUUGUACUUGUAUAAAAUGGGGUCCAGACGUAUGCCGGUGGAAUUGCCAUUGCAUCUCACAGCUACGGCUUGCCAAUGUGCUAAGAUCAUUGUGAUAGUUGCACGAGCUCAACAGUUAUUGUACCUAGAGGUAAGAUGGUUGCUAAUAUUUUAGUUAACUCUUUCUAUAUCCCAGAUACUUUAAUGACUUUUCAUGUGUUUUUUUAAUACUGAUGUGCUAAAAUUUAUCACCGCAAAAUGUGUAAACGUCAUUAGAUCUACCUAAUAAUUAAUUGCUAGAAUAUCGGUAAUUUAAUGUUACUUUCGAAACCGGUUAAAUAUGACGGCACUAUUUUGCAGCUGGCCACAUUAUUUGUGAGUUUGACAUAUCAACCUGUCAUUAUAAUAUCUGGGUUAUAGAAAUAGAGAUAAGUUGUAGCAGAUUCCUAUACGUAAGAGUUAUCUUUUAGAUUCGAUGAACGUAUUUACGUCAUCUUCGCCUUACCAUUUUCCUAGUUAACAUUCCUUUAUUUAAUUAACUUAUUCGUAUUUGAAAUCAUUAUAUGUGUA